UUCUGCGAUUAUGUCAGUGCUAUUGAUUUAGGGAACGAAGCUUGAGUUACUUUUAGCGUUAACUCUCCAAUAAGAACGUGGCCGGUUGUACCCGUUCAGACCGUAACCACAGAAGUCGUGUUUGAACGUAAAUCAAGUUCAAGUGCUGCGGGCCUUCAUCAGCGUCAGAUUCUUAGUUUUAGGAUACUAAUUAACAUUCUGAAACUUGACAUUGUGAGGCCCUGGGUAUCUGUGCCUGACCUGUGAAGAUCAGGACAUCGCUUCUUGCUGGGCGUUGUUCCCAUGGAUCAUCAUGAUAUACCCAUGCAAGACGGAGGAUUCUGUGGGAGUUGCAUGUUCGGAGACGCGGCAGAGGCAGCUCAUCUGAUGUAUUUGAGCCAAUUCCUUAUGCUUCCUUCUUCCGAUCAGCGUGAAAAACUCGAGCAUGCCGACCGGGGUUCGAACCCUACUCACAGGCCUUCAAUAAAUAGGUCUCUUUUUGGCCACGUUUACGAAGGAUCUGGUCAAGCAUUAGAUGUACUUUCUGAAUUGAAUCAAUCAGUUAACUCGCUACAGCAAGAAGAACCGUUCUCACAUGAUCAGGAUCAGGAUCAGGAUCAAGAUCUACAGAACCAAAAAAUGCAACACCAGCACUUUGAUUUACCACACCAUGAAGGACAUCAUCAUCAUCACGUACAACACAAUCAUCAGGGACAGCAAUAUCGCCAACAAUUACCGCAGCAUCAAACACUAGAGCUCCGAGAACAACCGCCUUCUCCGCUACCGCAUCAACAGCAUUCAGAACAACAAAAACAACAACGGCAACAAAAGCGGCAGCAGCAACAGCAGCAACAACAGCAGAACAACAACAACAACAGCAGCAACAACAAC